CCUCCCCUGGCUUCAGUGACAGACGGGAACGACUGGAGAUGGGAGCUGCUUGUGGGCCACUCGGAUACUACUACUUCGUACUCCUGCAGUUGCUCUUCUGGGGGUCAUCAGCACUUGCCGAAGGAGUUGACCGUGAACUGGCAGGGAGUCCCGAGCAAACGACGAGAUUAAACGAAAGGUUGGAAGAACUUCCAGAGCACAUAAGGCAUCAUCCAGUUCUGGCUCAGAAACACCUAUGGAUCGGAAAGCCACCCAUGCAUUACAGGAGGGAUACCAAAGAUAGGCGCAACUGGAUGCUGCACAAGAGGGACGGAGUGUCGUUGCCUUCGGAAGAAAUCUGCCAGACGACGACGCAGUGGGAACAGUUGAACCGCACUCAAGACUAUGACGGUCGUCAAGUGGAAAUUGUUCAGGACGAGAUUCAGCAGUACGUCUUUUCCUACCGCUGCGUCAGCACAAAGAACGCCUGCAACGCGAUCUCUGCAACGUACGACAGCGAGUGCACAGAACGCAAAGGUUGGAUGUAUCUCUACUACCGGCCACUAGAGGGAGAUGACAGGAACGCCCGCUGGGGCUACGUCUCUGUGAAUCAUCACUGUGUGUGCAAGGUGACACCCAAGGGAGUGGUUUGAACUGUAGCACUUGGUUGGCGUCUACAAAGGGACCUUCAAAGUGAUCAAAUGACCGUUCGGCGGCGAACACAAAUGCUCCAUCAAAACGAAGGACUUCUCCAUUGGUUUUGUGUUUGAUGUUUGGCACGAAAUCCUUCGCGGCUCAGUGUUUGCGGAUGUCACACCUGGGACUGGGACUCACUCGUUGAAUGUUUCAGGCAACUCGCAUAAAAGCGCCGUUUUAGCCGAAAGGUCCAACACAUGCGCCUUGGAUUUCACGUUUUUUUGUCGCAGUAUCAUACACUUUGCCCGACCAGGUAUACCAGAGUGCCCUUCACUAUACCCAUUGAGGAUACCCAUCUGCAGACCGACGUGUUUUGUGGGAAACGGGUAUGUGGGAAACUAUAUACAGUCAACCCUCGAUUUAUGAACACCCUCGGUUCCCAGAAAAAUCGUUCAUAAAUCGAGGGAUUUAUAAAUCGAAAAUUCCGUUAAGUCAGUACUAUCGGGUGACGAAACAGUAUUUGCGAGUAUUUGCUUUCGACCAGGCCUUCUGCUAUACACUUGGUCGUCCCUAAUGCGUCCCCGGAAAACCCGUUUGUUGUUCGGAUUUCGAGGGGUUAAAAACCCUGGGUGCAAUACCUGGAAAAAGAUUCGUCCGUUCCGGCAUCAUUCAUAAGACCACGGAAUAAUCCAUUUGAACAUUUCUGUUGACCUCGGGACCACCCGUUCAUAAAUUGAGGGCAAAAACGCUGGGCAACUCCUAGUUGGUUCCCAGAAAUUCCAUUCAUUAUUCGGAUAUCGAGAUUCAUAAAACGAGGGGAAAAUGCAUGUAAAAAGUUUGGUUCCUCGUGCUCCUGUUCAUAAAACGAGGGAAUUCAUAAAUCGAAGGUUCAUAAAUCGAGGGUUGACUGUAGAUGGCUUUCAGUGUGGCAUCUAUCAGCAGUAUUAGCCUGCAAGCCAGUUAUCGUGCAAGUUGCUGUGUGGCACAUGUACUUAAUAUCGUGUGAUAGCUCUUGAUGGUUUGAUUUCAGUUCAGGUUCCUUCACACGCGUUAAAUGUGCUCAGAUUACGUGCUUCCCUUGCGAACGUAUUUCGAACAAACUCCACCUAUGCAUGCUGUGUACACUCUAAGGAAAAAAAAAAGUGUAAUUUUCUACUUUUUUGGGUAGAAGUUUGUCGUUAGAGAUUCUCAACCCUUUUAUGGUAGAAAGUGAGGGGUACAAACACUUCUACCCCUUCAUUUCUACCACACUGGUGGAACAGUCCUACCCCUGAGUGUGAAGAGAAUUCUACCCUGUUAGUGGCAAAAUUCUGCCUAGAUGGUGAACUGUUAUUCCUCUGGAGGGUCUAUCUUUUCUCUCCAUACGGAAGACACCUCUACCCCAGUAGUAUAACUAGAAGUCCUAUAGCCAAGGGUCUUCUCUAAACCAAGAGAAGUCUGUUCCAAUCCCAUUCUAAGCCACAAUCCAGUUCUAAUCCAACACAAGCCAAUUCUACGCCAUCGGAUUGGUCGCCAUUAGCUCCGACCGCUUCACGUUAAUUGCCCGUGCUAAGCCUACAGAUCGUUGAUUGGUUGACCGUAGCUCCGCUCCUUUAUGCUAAUUGGCUCCGCGCACUUCACGCCGAUUGGUUCGUGCUGAUCGCCGAGCUCCCCCUUUAUGCUAACUAACCAGCUCCACUAAUUCGUCCAUUUAAGCCUACUGAUCACCCCCCACAUUUUCCAGACUUUUUAAGCGCUCUGAUUGGCCGUCUCCAAUCUAAGCCUAUCGAUUGGCCCGGUCCACUGAUUGGCUGACUAAAAGCCUUCACUAGCGCCCGCCACAUGGCGCGCUCGGCAGUGGCCCAGCUGUCGCUCUAUCUUAGAUGUCCAAACUUACCUCGUUAGAUGGCGCAACUCUUUACUAUCUCUGCGUACUUCAUGCUGACUUCUAAGCCGUGAUUAGAACUGGAUUUUGGCUUACAAUUUAAUUCAUUUAAUUAAUUAGAAUUAAAUGUGUUAGAAAAAAGCACCAGUCAGCAAAUGCACCAAUCAGCGUGAAGGAACCAAGUAAUUAGCGUAUGGGGCGGAGCAAGCAAUGAUCAGUAGGCUUAGCAUGGGCCAAUCAAGUGGGCGGAGCUAAUGGUGACAUCACAUGGCUUAGAAUUGGCUUGAGUUGGAUUUGAAUCGAAUUGUGCUGGAUUUGAAUUGGAGUGUGUUCGCUUAUAACUGGAUUGUGUUGGAUUAGAACUGGAUUUUGGCUUAGAAUUGGAUUAGAAAGAAGUGGUUCUUAUACAGUCUGAGUACUACUUAACCCAAGGAUGAGAAAUAUGUCCCCUUGACACUAAAUAUUCUACCAUUCUCGGAAGGCAGUUCUACCGUGAGUAGAACUGUUCUCCCUUAUUGGAAGAUAUUUUUUUACUCGAAAUGGUAAGCAUCUCUACUAUUAUUUGUGCUGCACCUUUUUUUUCUUAGAGUGUAUGCUUAUUGUGUAUCAGGUGUAUUGUGUGCCGUGUAUUGGCUCCGCAUAACAUCAGUAGGACAGGGUUUGUCCGCCGCAGGGGUUCAGGUGGUGAUACCCACGCUGAUUCACAACACCGUCUCCUUUCGCUCAUUAUCACAGUUGUCUCGUGGCGUAAAGCCCCUAAUUAUUAUUAUAUCUCGUGUCGUCUUUUGCUCCAAGUACUCAAGCAAUGGAGUGUUAUUUGUACAUUUUCUCACACGGGGAUGUCAGCUUCAACCAUGUCCUAACCUAACCAAAAAGUCGUAAAAAAGUAUAACUGUGGGACAGCUUGAUGUACCCUUGCAGUACUUUUUCAAGUACCCAUCACGCAUUAUGUACAACUUGUGUCUCAACCGUUGGAGCACCGCACACACGAUGGGUCCAGAAAACUUCUCAUUCUUUCAUGGCACACCAUUCACAUGACUGUAAAUAAAUUAAAUGUUGAAAGUGA